CCCUUCAGCCCGAGCUAUGUCGAGUUCCUCAACAAGAAGCUCGCCACCCUGACCCCGCAGCAGGUCCUCGAGUGGGCCAUCGUCAGCAUCCCCAACCUGUACCAAACCACCGCCUUUGGCCUCACCGGCUCGGUUGUUGUCGACAUGAUCUCCAAAAUCAGCUCGGCGCACUCCUCGGCCGUCCCGCUGCAGGACGCCCAGAAGCCCAACCACCUUGUGCCGCUUGUCUUCAUCGACACCCUCUACCACUUCAAGGAGACUGUCGACCUCGCCAACCGCGUUGCUGAGCACUACGGCGCCGACAUCCACGUCUACCGGCCCGAGGGCACCGACACCGUCGAGGAGUUCGAGAAGGUCCACGGCGAGAAGCUGUGGGAGACCCAGGCGUCUGCUUAUGACUAUCUCGUCAAGGUCGAGCCUGCCCGACGCGCCUAUGCCGAGCUGAAUGUCCAGGCCGUCAUCACCGGCCGCCGCAGGAGCCAGGGCGGCGACCGUGCCCAGAUCCCCAUCCUUGAGAUUGACGACACAGCAUCGCCUCCGCUCCUCAAGCUCAACCCCCUCGCCAGCUGGGACUUCAAGGCCGUCUGGGACUACAUCACCGAGAACAAGGUCCCCUACAACCCUCUCGUCGACCAGGGCUACAAGUCCAUCGGCGACUGGCACUCGACCCAGAUCCCCAAGGAGGGCGAGAGCGAGCGCGAGGGCCGGUGGCGCAACCAGAACAAGACCGAGUGCGGACUUCACAAGAACUACUUCCAGAUGCGAGCGGCCUACCUCGCGGCCAAGAAGAGAAAGCUGGAG